CUGGAUUCAAACGUUGAGGGGCGCGGAAGGGGGCAGUUAGUGCGCGAGGUGUUCGUGAGGGGGUCACCAGAGGGCUGUGCUGCUGCUCCAGCCUGUGCUGCUGCCCGCCAUGGCCCACAAGCAGAUCUACUAUUCUGAUAAGUACUUUGACGAGCAGUACGAGUACCGACAUGUGAUGCUGCCACGAGAACUUUCAAAACAAGUGCCAAAAUCUCAUCUGAUGUCUGAAGAAGAAUGGAGACGACUUGGUGUUCAGCAGAGUCUUGGCUGGGUUCACUAUAUGAUCCAUGAGCCAGAACCACAUAUUCUGCUCUUCAGAAGACCUCUUCCAAAGGAUGAGCAGAAAUAAGCCAUCACCUCUUGAAUCUUCUGGAACUAUGUAUAUGAGUGUAUAUAUGUUGGUAGUAUUCAGUGAAUACUUUGAAUUUACAAAACAUACAUCCAAACCUGUGCAUGAGCUGUAUUAUUCACAGCAACAAAGCUCAGUCAAAUGCAAUUCCAAGUAGGCUGCUAUGAUGUUCAAAGAGUGAUGACUGUACUGUUAAUUGUUAAUGUAAAUGCCUCUCUGACUUAAAUUGUGUUAAUGUUUGUGUUGCUUGCUCUAAUUAGCUCAUUGCUUGUUAAUGUUCUGUAACUUUUGCACUCAUAUAUUCUGCUGUAGUGUAGUAUGUUCAAAUCCAGUAGUUCAACUGUUCAGGAGUAAGUAGGCUUAAGAAAUAAACCGUUUUUAAUGUUCUAUGAAA